AUGUCAAGUGCAACAGCUGAAAUACCAGAUGAUUUAAAUUCAUUAACAGUUGUAGCUUUGAAAGCAUUACUUCAAGCAAGGGGUUUACCGGUGACAGGAGCUAAACCUGCCUUAAUUAAAAGAUUACAACAAUUUAAAGAACUUGAAACAUCUGGUGGUGAUGAAGAAGAAAUAAACGAUGAAGAAACUGCAACUACUACAACUACAACUACUACAACAGAUACAACACCUACAAAUGGUAAAACUGAAGAACAAUCAGCAGCAACAACAACAACAAAAAAAGAAGAAACUACAGCAACAAAUGGUGUUGAUAAUACUACAACACCUCCAUCCACAACACCACCAAUAAUUACAACACCAACCACAGCCACAACCUCAACUUCCACUGUAACAACAGAGCAACCAACAACACCAACUAAAGAAACAAAGGAAAAUUCCUCCUCUUCUUCUUCUUCUUCUUUAACAAAUGAAAAUACAAAUACAAAUGAAAAUACAAAUACAAAUGAAAAUGAAAAUACAAAUAUAAAUACAAAUACAACAUCUUCAACAACCACUGAAAGUGAUAAUAAUACUCACACUAAUACUAAUACCAAUACUAAUACAAAUGGUAAUGGUAAUAGUAAUGGUGAUGAAGAUCAAGAUCUUGUUGAAGAAUUACUUGGUAGUGAUGAUAAUAAUCAUAAUAACCAAUAUUCUGACGAUGAAGAUGAAGAUGUAAACAAUAAUGGUGAAUCUAAAACCUCGACCUCAACCUCAACAACAACAUCAACAACAACAACAAGUACACCUACAGCCGAUGAAAAUAAACAAGAUUUGAAUUCUUUAGAUGUUGAUUCAUCCAUUGUCGAUAAAGCAAUCCAAGAGGCAGAAAAGGCAGUAACAGAAAAGAUGUCCUCUGAAAAGAAGAGAGAAGACUCAUUGGAUAAAACAAAGAUUCAACAAUCUAUAGCAGAGAUGGAGGGUUCAUUCAAAAAAAUACCAUCCAUUAAAAUCACUGGUUUAAACGAUUCACUCACAGAGAAAGAAUUAGAGGAAGCCCUCAAUGAGGUUGGUAAAGUACACACCAUAACCUAUGAAGGUUCAAAGAAAGACUUUGCAAUUGUUCAAAUGGAAAAUCAUACCAUUGCCAAAGAGAAAUUAAAUAAUUCAAAAUUAAAGAAUUGUACUCUCUCAAUUACUGAUAUACCUUUAGCUGACUCUUUAUUAUUCGUUGGUAAUCUUGGUAAUGAUGUUGGUAAAGAACAAUUAAAAAAAAUGUUUGAAAAACAUGGUACAAUUGAUAGAAUUAUUUUAAUUAAAAAUAGAAGAACUGGUGAAAAUAAAGGAUAUGCAUUUAUAGAUUAUAGAACUAAAUUACAAGCAAGUACAGCAAAAUCAUCAUUAGGAUCUAUUGUAUUUAAUCGUCGUACUCUUAGAGUUGAUUGGGCAGAAAAUUGUAAUACAAUGGAAUCAAUGCAUAGUAAAACUAUAUUUGUCGAUCGUUUACCACGUUCAUUUGCAGAUGUACCAAUCUUGAGAAAGGUAUUUUCACCAUUUGGAAAGAUUAAAGAUUGUAAUGUUGUACCAAAUUAUUAUGGCCAACCAAGAGGCUUUGCAUUUAUAGAUUAUAACAAUGUUGAAGAUGCCGAGAAGGCUCAAAGAAUGAUGAAUGAAAAGGAUUUGAAAGGUUAUAAAAUUAGAGUAAACUUUGCAAACCCUUCAAAGCCGGGUCAUUCUUUAGUAAAACCACCAUCACAACAAUCAGGUAGAAGUCAUGAAUCUGUACCCUCUUCUUCCCCAUUUAGAGGUAGAGGUAGAGGUAGGGGUAGUAUGGGUGUACCUCCACCAAAUAGUCAACACUUUGGUAUCGGUAGUGUAGGUGGCGGUUUUAGAGGUGGUAGAGGAGUAGGUGGUUAUCCUGGUGAUCAUUCUGGUAUCUAUCAAGGUGGUAGAGGUGGUAGAGGAGUAGGCGGCGUAAAUGGUUCAGGUCCAAUCGCAAUGGAGAGAGGUGGACCAAUGCAUCAUCAACCAUAUGGUCCUCCACCACAUCAUGGACCAAUGCUCCACCAAAGUGGUUAUGGUUCACAAAUGCAACACCAAUUCUCACAAAUGCAACAUCAACACUACAAUGAGCACCAAAGAAAUCAAGGUGCUUUCUAUCCACCACCACCUCCACCACAUAUGAAUCUACCAAUGCAAUCUCAACAAGGUUAUCCACAAGUUAACUCAAUGAGCGUACCACAAUCAAAUAAUAACCCACUCAUAAAUCAACAAGCAAAUUUACAAGCUCAACAAUUGGCAUCGGCUCAAGUCCAAAUUCAAUUGAUGGAACAAAAAUUGAAAGGUCAAGAAUCAUUGAUUAGAGCUGCUCAACAAAAGGUGGUUCAAGCUCAACAACAAGCUCAACAACAAGUACAAAGAGAAAAACAGCAGAGAGAAGCAUUACUUAGACAACAACAACAACAACAGCAACAACAACAACAGCAACAACAACAACAAGAAAGACAAAGAAAACAACAAGAGGCAUUACAAAAACAACAACAAAUUCAACAACUUCAACAACAACAACAGCAACAACAGCAAGCUCAACAACAGCAGCAACAACAAGCUCAGCAACAAGCACAACAACAAUCUCAACAACAAGCACAACAACAACAAUCUCAACAAAUGCAAGGCUUUUAUGGUCAAAUGAAUAAUGCUAACAGUAAUAAACAAACUGGUGCUCAAUCAACUAUUUCACCAAAUACAGCCAGUGCAACUAACCAAAAUAAUUUUUCGCAUCAAUCAGCUGCCAAUUGGCAAGGUUAUUUUACACCAGAACAAACUGCUGCAUGGACUUAUUAUGCUCAACAACAUCAAUUAUUCCCAGGUUAUUCACCACAAGAUAUUUCAGCAUAUUACGCAAGUUUCCAGGCACCAACUAGUGAUCCUUCAACACAAGUAGGUGCCAAACGUACAUACGAUACUUCAGGAAUGUAUAAUCAAUCAUACAAUGCACAUGGCACACACAACACUCACCACCAAAAUGAUAACAAAAGAAACAGACAUUAA